AUGCUUGUGACAUGCCGGCAAGCUGAUCACGUUGUUGUCCCUCUCCUUGUCUGCCCAUUCCUGCUCGACCUGCUUGGUACCUAUCGAGUUGGCGAUCGGUGCCUUCAUCCAUCCUUCUCUUUUCGCCCGGUUGUCCAAGAGACGAAAAUAUAUGCUCCCACAAUUAAGAAAAGUGGUUUUGCUUGGAAUGAUUCUUUGAAAUGCAUUGAGGUUGACAGUGAUGAAGCAUGGAACACUUAUGUGCAGAAUAUAUUUGGGAAGGACCGAGCAACUGGUAGAGGGUCUGCAACUCCCACUGAAAUGAUGAAUGAGCCAAUGCAUCACAUUGAUGUCAAUGAUGAUGAUGAGGAAAUUGAGGUUGAUCUAGAUCAUUCUGCCUCUUUGCCAAGAUCAAAUCAACAAAACUCAGCUAGCUCAAGCAGUCGACACCGCAAACGAAAUGCAGAUACUAAUAUUCAAAAGGAAAUGGCUAAAGCAUUUGGUGAGAUGAUUUCUGAGUUUGUUGACCAAUUGAAAACUAUAACUAAUAGUUUGGUGAAAGGAUCAGAACCAAGACCUAACAUUGCUGCUGAAUUGGCAAAGAUGGACUUGUCUAUUAAUGACCAAAUUAAGGCACUACGGCUAAUUUUGGAGAAAGCAAGUGAUGAGAGAACAUUCCUGACAUUAGAUGGUGCUAUGCGAAAAGCAUUAGUUCUUCUCUUGCAUGGGGCGAGGGAGCUGUGA